CACCGUUUUGACGCCCAUGGACUCAAGUCCUAUCCUACUGCUACUAGCCUGCUAAACCCCAUAAGACCAAAACCUCAACUUUGUGCUCCCUGCCCCGGCCCCAUCUCCUUCCCCUCCGUCAUCCCCUUCCUCUCCCGCCCGAUUUGCGCUCUCCGCGUUAGCUCUUCUGAAGUCUCUGAAGCAGUCGCCGCGUUCUUGGCGGCAGCGAUGGUCACUUCAAGAGACGUUCAGGAGAUCGUCUCCAAGCUCUCCUCCGACAAAGCCAAAGCACGGGAAGAUGGGUUAAAAUUGUUAAAUACAUGGCUGGAAGGUGAAAGAUCGGUAAGAUUCUGCAGUUACCUUUCGCAGAACUCCAUGAAGCUUAAUCCUGAUAAAAUUCCUCAUGCUGAAACAUGGCCGUAUCUUAUUACAUUGCUUAUCCAGUGCGUGUCGUCAGAAAUAUCAUCCAGCAAAAAGCGGUUGCCGAAGUCAGCUUUUGCAAAAACACUGCGUGUUGUGGUUCAGCGAGCUGAAGAUGUUAAAUUCUCAGGCAAGAUGCCAGUUCUGUUACCUGUUGUAAAACCCCUCUUUAAUCACCUGUGGGAUGUCCUGAGCAGCGUCCCAAGCUUUCAGUCGGAAUAUGGCAUUAUUCUUCGUCUUCUUUUGAUUAUUGGAGACUAUCGUUUUCACUUGAGGAAAAAAAUCUAUAUUAAUCUGAUCCAUUUCUACCUUGAGAGCGUGGAAACAACUUUAAGUGAACAAAAUGAUAGUCACUGUGUUCCAAGAGAGGAGGUCUUCCGCUGCGUUCUGACUUUGCAUUCCCUUCUGGAAAAUCCUCCGGCUGAUUUGGGAGAAGAUGUUAGAGUGGAAAUUGCAAAGGGGUUUGUUCAGAUAUUUUCGUGUGUAAGGGAGGAGAGUAAGAUUUCACGUAAGCUUAUGGAGUGUGUCAAUGUUUACCUGUUAAAUGGUGGCCCUAAUUUGAGCCAUGAAUGCUUAGAGAUCCAUGAUGCUGUCCGGAACUUUGUAUUUCGUUGUUGGCUUACUACACGGGACCGCGGCCUCAAGGAUGCUCUAAUGUUGUAUGCUAGGUUGCAGCUAAACCUUACUAGGGGUAAUAUUGAAGGAAGUUCUUUGGUAGAAGAACUGCUGGAUGUGAUAUGCAAAGAAUUAGAUCAAGGUAGUCUACCGAAUGUCGGUGUUCCAUGGGCAGAGACAAUGAAGGAUGACAAAUGUGGAGCGCUAAGUGGUUCACAGUAUUGCUUGGUGGAACUUUCAUCCUUGGUCUUAUAUCGGGCUUGUGCAAGUCCGAUGAAAGUUCCUUCAUCUGAAAAGCGUGUAAAGAGGGAGCACAUAUCUGUAAUAGUAAAGGAAGCCCUCGCAAAGGGCAAAUGGUUAUGGCAUGCUGUUUUUUGCCAUCUCACUCGUAACUACUGCACUCGAAUGAGUGAAGAUCUUUUCAUUCUUUGGUUUGAAGGCAUCUCCUUGAACUUUGAUAGAAUUCUGAGUGAUGCAAAUAUGGGGCAUGCCUAUGAUGGUUUGCUGUGGACUUUAAGGAGUUUGCAAGACCUGUCUAGUGUUUUGCUGCAUACUACGCAACCGGAGAUCUCCUCAAGAUCUUCCUUCAUCUCAGAAAAGGUGGACAAUGGUUGGCAAAUAAUAUGGAACCUCGUGAUGCAGGGGUUGCCAGUAUUCAGUACUCAAACUUCUGUUGUUGAUGCUGCUUUAAUUCUACUGGGAAACAUCAUAUCAAGGGUGAGUGGUGGAAUCUGCACUGAAAUUACAAGCAUGUGUCUCGUACAUCAAGAUGUAUGGGAACUGAAGUUGUUUAAGCGGACACCAUCCAUGGCCUUUUUGUAUUUUGCUGCUUGCUAUUUUUCACACAAAGGUUGGCAGGGGAACCUAAUGGAUACCAUACAUCUGAGGAGGAAUCUCUUAAGAGCUGUUCUCGGCAAUCUGAAGUUUAAGGAAUCUUCUACUCUGAAUGAGCACACAGUCCUCUUAAUACCGUCAGCUGCUUAUGCUCUUUGUGCUGGCUAUGCAACUUUCAUGCCCUAUUACCGGGCGCUUUUCCCAUUAAAUUCUUCUAUGAAGGAUUCAGAGGUAUCAGAUGGUUGGGCUAAGCUAGAUGGGCAAGAAUUUAGAAGACCGCGUGAGUUCUUUGAAUGCUUUGUUGAAGUUCUUUCCGAAAUUUAUGAUUCCAAAACCAAGGUUUCCUUGCCGGAGCUGCACCAUGGUGUGCGUCUUCCCUACAAAUUGAGGGAUUCACUAUUGGACGAGACGGAAGCACAUAUUCUUAGGGCUAUGACAGAUAAGGAGGCUAAAAGGAUGCCUCUUACUGAUGUGUUCUUCAUAUGUGCUGUAGUAUGCAAUUUGGUACAUGGAUCAUUAGUAGCUAGGGGAGAAGUCUCCUCUUUCAUUUCUGAAUCAGGACAUUUUGUGGCAGAAUUGCUGAAUCAUGGCGCUAGUGCAAUUGAAGAUUGUGCUGACUUUCAGUCUCUUGGAUGCUUUGACUUUGGUGCGGAGAAGGUUGCAAAGAGCACUCUUCUCGAUUCACUUACAAGCUUUGUUUGCUGUCCCAUCUUUGCCAAAGGACGUGGUGGUUGUCUAGAUUCUACGGUCUAUAAUAUGAUAGUUCAGUCAGUGGAGAAAGUCCUACGCAGCCUGGCUAAAUUGUAUGAGCGAUACUCUGAUUGUGGCACAAGUCUUGGUGGUCAGUUGAUACCACCUGAUAUUUGUGUAUCUGACAAUGACUUACAAAUGCCUAAAUCACUCAAUGGUGAUAAAAGUAGGAUUAUGGACAUGGAGUUAGAUGUCAGCGGGGAUAUGAAAGAUGUGGAUAUGUCAACAGUAAGUGGGACAGUUGGUUCUACACCAUCCUUUUCUAUUGUCAACUGGAAGUCGAGCAUGAUAUCUCUUAUGGCGAAUUUUUCCCCGGUUUUGCAAGAUUUGACAUGGGAUAUAUUGUUUGAAAUUUUGGCAAGAGAAUCUGAUCCAAAGGUGGGUGAGAAGAUCCUUUACCAUCUUUGUCAGAACCCAGAUUGGUCUUCUCCUGCAAAAAUUACAGGCUUGGUCAAAAUAAUGAAUGACUUGCUUGACAAACGGGUGAAUCUCAGGCUUGAUUGCAAGUUUAUAUUGGUUGCUGCUCAUCAAUUGUUAAGUAAGAUAUCUUCGUCAGAUGCUGGUCAAAAUGAUGAUCCAACUCUGAUAAGAGAAUCCGAAUCGAGUUUGGUGCAUUUGGGAGAUCUGGUGAACAAAGUUGCAGAAUUCGGUGUCAUUGAUUGGGUGGGGCGUGCAAAGCUAGUUGAUUGCAUUUGUGAUUUUGUGUUGUUGGACCCUCUAAUUGGUCAGACAAUGAUUGAGAGGUUGUUGUUGUUGGUCCGAGAUCCUGAUUACAGAGUCCGGUAUUCUUUGGGCCAAAGGGUUGGCGUUCUAUUCCAAACAUGGGAUGGUCAUGAAGAACUUUUUGAGGACAUCUGUUCAAACUUCGGUGUUGUUAUAGUGCUCCCGUUGAAAGGAAAACUCGUCAAAGCAAAGCAGGUCAUGUCUACUGGUCCACAGUCUCUCCCAGCUCUGGAAACUGUCAUUAUUACUCUUAUGCAUCUUGCUUUACAUAGCGAGAAAGUAGAGUCAAAGGCAGUUUUCAUGUUAUGUGCUAUUUCUGCCUUCGAGCCUUGUCACAGGGAGUUGGUCAUUGAGGUGCUCAAUAACCUGUCAAAGCAUCUACAGUAUACAACUAGAUUCAAGUUAAUGGAUGUUGAUCCUUUGUUCUAUGAUCAUCAUUUCUCCACUCCUCACCAUCCCCUUUUGCAGUAUUUGGAGGAACUGAUGGGUGCAAUUCUCUUCAGCUGGGUUGCUUGUGAUGUUAAUUUAGUUUCACUCCUUGAGAUAAGGCAACUUUUUGUAUCAGAUGUGGAGCCUAGUUAUUUUAUACAAUACUCUUGCAAUUGGCUGCUUCCAGCUUUACUAUUGGAGAAGGACAUGACCAAUCUUAACUGGCUAGCUAAAGUCUCAGGUCAACCAUUGGCAGCUCUAGUUAAGAGUCACUUUGUGCCAAUAUUUUCAGUUAGUAUGGCAUUGCAUUGCAGUAAGAUGCCUGGAUGGGAAAGGGGAACUUUUGUGCUUGAGAAGUCUAUUUUGCAACUUGCUGAGUUAUCUGAGAAUGAACGAGACAAGCUCAUAAAGAAACACAUGGUAUCUAUUGUUGGCCAUAUGUUGUCCCUUGUUUCUUGUGCAUCAGAGCCUGCAGUUCCUUUCUUUUCCAAAGAGACAAUAGCACAGGCAAUUCGGACUGUAGUGGAUGGUUUUCUGGAAAUUGAUGAUCAGUCUGCUAGUGGUGCUGUUCUUGAUAAGAUCAACAUUUUUCGUCCUGAUAGAGUUUUCAUGUUCAUAUUGGAAAUACAUUACAAAUUAGAAGCAGCUGUCCAUCCGAGGCAUAGGUGUCACAGGUUGGCUGGACUUGAAGUGCUCAUUGAUGUUCUUGGUCAUCGAGUUGCUAUCUCAGGCACAGCCAACUACAUUCUCAAUUUGACUGGACAGAUUAUUGGUCUCAAAGCUCUAGAAAAUCAAAGUUGCCGUAUAAUGACUUCUGUACUGAAGACUUUUGAUGAAAACCCGUCUAAAGACGUUUUUAAUGCUCUAGGCGAUCAACUUCAGUUUUUGGUAUCAAAAUUGGUGGAAUGCUGCAGGCAUUCUGUCACAGUUGAAGGUCCUUCUGGCACCACAUUAUCUCCCGUUCUUCCUUUGCUCCGUCAACUGGUUGUCAGCUCUGACCUGUCUCUUCAUGAUUAUAUUAGGGAGUUGGAGCCAUUCCCUGAGAUGGAUUUCUUCAAUGAGAUGCGAGGGUUCCAUAAAGUGUUAUGCCAGACAUACUCUCCCAGAGAUCACCUAUUGAAAUUUGCUAGCCGAUAUUGUUACUUGCCUCCGAGAUUACUAUUGUCAAGUGUCCAAGCACUGCACAAGAAAGUACUCCUCGGGGAAAAUUAUCAGGUGAAAGGAAGUGACAAAGAUGUGAUAGAGGAUGCACAUUGGAAUCAUGAUCCAGAAAUCCGUUGUGCAAUCUGGACCCUAGUUCGUAUAUGUGGUUUGGAUGAUGCCGGCAGCAUCAGACCUUUGGUCUCUGACUUUGUGUCUCGGCUUGGUGUUGGGGAGCCACACAAUGUUGUUUUCCGUCCUGCUAGAGAGUUCAAUCAUAGGAGAGUGCAGCAAAGCACUUCAGACACUGGUACUGAAAUCAGUUUUGGAAUAUCCGAAGACCUUCUGGUAGAACUUCUUAGGCUCUUGAAGAAGUAUCUGAUGGAUGAUUCUGUCCGAAUAGUUGAUAUGGCAUCACAAGCUAUUCAGGGAAUUCUUUCUACUGAAAAGGGUCACAGAGCUGUACAUUCAUUUGAUUCUUAUGAGAGGUCUCUCAUUGAGAUCCACUCUAAUGGUGUAGACACCAAAGUGGUGGAGAAAUUCUUGACGGAUUUGGAUAAAAAAUUUAAAGUUGAAGCAGUUCCACUCCAGGAUUCUACUUUAUGGAACACAAGCCGUAAAACCUUUGAGGCAUGGAUUUGCCCAGUGGUGUACUCAAUGCUUGGGUUCUGCAAUGACACCAUCUUAAGAUUAUGCCAGGGAAUUGUCUUGCACAAAGCCGAGGUUGCUGAGCUCCUGUUUCCAAUUGCGAUUGUAGAUAUAGCUGGAAGAAAAGAUCUAGAUGUUGAUCUUCAGAAGUUGAUAACUCAGCAGUAUUCUAGGCCUUCUAGUCAUGGUUCCAAAUCACGUUCUGCAUCUGGAAAGACUAGGGAAUUCCUUGGUAGUUCAAGUGUACCCACAACAUCAACAUUUCUAUGGGAUAAGGUUUACUGGUUGAGCGUUGAUUAUCUUCUUGUUGCAAAGGCAGCAGUGCUUUCUGGCUCGUAUUUCACUUCGAUAAUGUAUGUUGAACAUUGGUGUAAAGAGCAUUAUGGAGGCCUUACCUUAGGAGCUGCAGAUUUUUCUCAUGUUGAGGUGUUGUCAGAUCACAUCGAAGUACUUAUAUCAGCUCUCACUCAAAUAAAUGAACCAGACAGUCUCUACGGAACCAUUCAGUCCCACAAGUUGGCCUCUCAAGUUGUUACCUUUGAGCAUGAGGGGAACUGGAGCAAGGCCCUUGAAUAUUAUGACCUGCAAGUGCGUUCGAAUGCCAUUCUUCAAGCAGAUGUAAGUUCCAGUAUAGCCUUGAUGAAGAAUACCCAAUCGGCCUGCCAUUCUGCACUUCCUGCAACUCAUGAUGAGAUGAGCCAGAGGAAGCCUUAUAAAGGGUUGAUUAGAUCACUGCAGCAAAUGGGCUGUACACAUGUCUUAGACAUUUACUGCCAGGGUUUGACUUCUCGAAAGGACCAGCUGCAGCAUGAUUUGGAAUUCACUGAAUUGCAGGUUGAAAUUUAUUUGAUGCACAUCGUUAGAGUAUUCAGUCAACUCUGCUCUUCUGAACUUGGCUGUGUUAUGUUUAUUUGUCCAAAGUAUGAAGCUGCUUGGAGGGCUGGAAAUUGGGACUUCUCUUUCCUGUCGCUUGCACCAAAUUCAGCUUCUUAUCAGCUUGUCAAAAAUGAUAACUUCCAUCAAAAUUUGCACAGCUGCUUGAGGGCAUUCCAAGAAGGAGAUUUUGGUGAAUUUCGAAAAAAAUUGGAAGUAUCAAAGCAGGAGCUUUUAUGUUUGGUGUAUUGUGCCAGUGAAGAGAGCACUCAGUACAUCUUCUCGACUAUCAUUAAACUUCAGAUUCUGUAUCAUCUAGGCAUGGGAUGGGAUAUACGUUGGAUGUCAUAUAGUGAAAGGGCUGAAACCUACCCGGUACAAAGGUGUUUGGAACCUGUAAUCCCUACCAUGGGACAGCUAUCUCAGUUGAAUAAAGACUGGAGCUCUACUUUGGAACAGACACAACUGCAUAUGAAUCUAAUUGAACCAUUCAUAGCAUUCAGGCGAAUUCUGCUUCAGGUCCUGAAAUGUAAAGAAAGCUCAAUGCAGCAUCUAUUGCAUUCUGCUUCAACUCUUCGCAAGGGCUCCAGGUUUUCUCAGGCAGCUGCUGCAUUGCAUGAUCUAAAAUCUUUUUGGGACAGAACUGGAGAACCAUCUUCGUCUCUCUAUUGGCUUGGGAGGCUUGAAGAAGCAAAGUUGCUUCGUGCCCAGGGUCGGCAUGAAAUGGCUAUUAGCCUUGCAAAGUAUGUCUCAGAAAAUUAUCAUUUAGACGAAGAAGCCUCCAAUGUAUAUCGCUUGGUAGGGAAGUGGCUGGCAGAAACUAGAUCUAGCAGUUCAAGAACUAUUUUGGAGAAAUAUCUGAAGCCUGCAGUUUCACUAGCUGAGGAUCAGGCCUUCACUAACAAGAAUUCUGUUGGAAAGCGAAGCCAGGCUCAUUUUCAUCUUGCACACUAUGCUGAUGCACUAUUUAGAUCAUAUGAGGAAAGGCUAACUUCUAGUGAAUGGCAAGCUGCGAUGAGAUUGCGGAAACACAAGACUUGUGAGUUGGAGGCCCUUGUGAGACGGCUAAAAAGUUCUGCAAAGGGAGAAAAGGUAGAUUAUCAAUUGAAAAUACAGGAGUUGCAGAAGCAACUUUCAAUGGACAAAGAAGAAGCUGAAAAACUUCAGGAUGACAGAGACAAUUUUCUCAGCUUAGCAUUGGAAGGAUAUCAACGUUGUUUGGUCAUAGGUGAUAAAUAUGAUGUUCGAGUGGUGUUCCGUCUCAUCUCCCUAUGGUUCAGUCUUUCUUCUCGAGAAAAAGUAAUCAGUAAUAUGCGACAGACAAUUCACGAGGUCCAAUCCUAUAAAUUCAUUCCGCUGGUCUAUCAAAUUGCUUCAAGAAUGGGCAACUCAAAGGACAGUAUAGGGCCUCAUGACUUUCAGUCUGCUCUGGUUUCUCUAGUGAAGAAAAUGGCCAUAGACCAUCCGUAUCACACGAUUUUCCAGCUUCUAGCUUUGGCAAAUGGGGACCGCAUCAAGGAUAAACAGCGGAAUAGAAAUUCUUUUGUGGUUGAUGUGGAUAAAAUACUUGCGGCAAAGAAUCUUCUUGAGGAGUUACUAUCAUAUCAUGGUGGAAUUAUUAGACAGAUGAAACAAAUGGUAGACAUCUAUAUCAAACUUGCUGAGCUCGAAACAAGGAGAGAGGAUACCAAUAAAAGACUACCCCUUCCAAGAGAUAUUCGCAGUGUUCGUCAACUUGAACUUGUGCCUGUGGUGACAGCUAAUAUUCCAGUUGAACACAAUUGCCAAUACCCUGAAGGUUCAUUUCCAUACUUCAAAGGACUAGCAGAUUCAGUAAUGAUAAUGAAUGGCAUCAAUGCUCCAAAAGUUGUUGAGUGUGUAGGUUCUGAUGGUAAAAGGUAUAAACAGCUUGCUAAAUCUGGAAAUGAUGACCUAAGACAAGAUGCGGUAAUGGAACAAUUUUUUGGUCUGGUGAAUACUUUCUUACAAAAUAAUAGGGACACAUGGAAAAGAAGAUUGGGUGUUCGCACGUAUAAGGUUGUUCCUUUCACUCCAAGUGCGGGGGUGCUUGAAUGGGUUAAUGGCACACUGCCUGUUGGAGAAUAUCUUAUAGGAAGCACAAGAAAUGGUGGUGCCCAUGGUCGUUAUGGAUUUGGGGACUGGUCAUUUCUCAAAUGCCGAGAGCACAUGGCAAAUGAAAAGGAUAAACGUAAUGGAUUCCAGGAAGUUUGUGAGAACUUCAGGCCUGUUAUGCAUCACUUCUUUUUGGAGAGGUUUCUGCAGCCAGCUGACUGGUUUGACAAGAGACUUGCUUACACUAGGAGUGUUGCUACAAGUUCAAUGGUCGGUUACAUUGUUGGCCUGGGUGACCGGCAUUCUAUGAAUAUCUUGAUUGAUCAGGCUACAGCAGAAGUAGUACACAUAGAUCUUGGAGUUGCUUUUGAACAAGGGCUAAUGCUGAAAACACCUGAACGGGUUCCAUUCAGGCUUACAAGAGAUGUGAUCGAUGGCAUGGGUGUUACGGGAGUUGAAGGUGUUUUCAGAAGAUGUUGUGAAGAAACUCUGUCAGUGAUGCGGACGAACAAAGAAGCAUUACUGACCAUUAUCGAAGUGUUUAUCCAUGACCCUUUGUACAAGUGGGCUUUGUCUCCUCUGAAAGCUUUGCAGCGCCAGAAGGAAACUGAUGAAGAUCUUGAGACUAGCUUGGAAGACUCGGAAGAAGAAAGUGAGGGGAACAAGGAUGCGACUCGGGCGCUAUUGAGGGUGAAGCAAAAGCUAGAUGGGUAUGAAGAAGGGGAAUUGAGAAGUGUGAAUGGACAGGUUCAGCAACUAAUUCAAGACGCGAUUGAUCCAGAGCGCCUGUGCCAAAUGUUUCCAGGCUGGGGAGCUUGGUUGUAAAUACAGGAAACUAACAGAAAAAGAACUCCCUCGUUGUACAUAGCUGAAAUUUUGCACCUGUAGCAUGUUUUGAUGGAAAAUCUCGAGCCACACCAACUAGCCAUCGAACUGCUGCAACUGGGGAGUUCUUUUGUUCUCAAAUACACAGGGUGAGUGUAUAGUAAAGGCUAUUUUCGGUUGGUAUUUUCGUUUCUUCUCUUUUCAUGGUUAUCCUUCUCAUUUGAGCAGGCGGUUUUUGCCUUUCGUUGGCUCUUUCUGAGUGACUAUGCUAUGAUUCAAUGCGGCCAUGGUGAUUGUUCAUAGUUCACAGGUUGUUAGAGUGGUUUGAUGCUCAACUUAGAAUGUAGUAGUUAUGGUUCAAGCCCUUUGGAAAGCCUUGCUCCU